UGCUGACCUCUGGCAAAAAAAGGGAGCGAAUGAGGACAGGAGAGGCGGGUGGGGAGAGGUUCAAGUGCGGGUUUUCUCCUUGAACCUGGACUAUUAUGGGUCAGGAGCUGUGUGCAAAGAGGUUACAGCCAGCAUGCAAUUGCUACCACCGUUCCGAGGGAGGGGAGGCGCACAGCUGUCUGAGACGCCAGCCGGGGAGCGCCGAGGCUGCUGCUGCGUUGGAGCUAACAGACAUAAAAGGAGCAUCGUGUUCAACGUCUUCAUUUCACCCCAGGGGACACCAGGCUGGCGAUGGCCAGAAGCUGGAGAGUAAAAGGCCACGGAGUAACAGUGAUUCUUUUCAGGAAGAGAAUCUGAGGCAGGGGUUGCCAUGGAAGAGGAACCCCCCUUUUGGAGCAGCCUCAUCUUACUUGAACUUGGAGAAGCUGGGCGAAGGUUCUUAUGCUAAAGUUUACAAGGGGAUUAGCAGGAUAAACGGACAACUAGUGGCCCUAAAGGUCAUCAGCAUGAACGCGGAGGAGGGUGUCCCUUUCACAGCCAUCCGGGAAGCCUCUCUGCUGAAGGGUUUGAAGCACGCCAAUAUUGUCCUUCUGCACGACAUUGUUCACACCAAAGAGACUCUGACGUUCGUGUUUGAAUACAUGCACACAGACCUGGCGCAGUACAUGUCUCGGCAUCCUGGAGGGCUUCAUCCGCACAACGUCAGGCUUUUCAUGUUUCAACUUCUGCGGGGCCUGGCGUACAUCCACCACCAGCAUGUUCUUCACAGGGACCUGAAACCUCAGAACUUGCUCAUCAGUCACCUGGGAGAGCUCAAAUUGGCUGAUUUUGGUCUUGCUCGAGCCAAGUCCAUUCCCAGCCAGACAUACUCUUCUGAAGUGGUGACACUCUGGUACCGGCCACCUGACGCUUUGCUGGGAGCCACUGAGUACUCCUCUGAGCUAGACAUAUGGGGCGCAGGCUGCAUCUUUAUUGAAAUGUUCCAGGGUCAACCUUUGUUUCCUGGGGUUUCCAACAUCCUGGAACAGCUGGAGAAGAUCUGGGAGGUACUGGGAGUCCCUACAGAGGAUACCUGGCCUGGAGUCUCCAAGCUGCCUAACUACAAUCCAGAAUGGUUCCCGCUGCCUAAGCCUCAAAGCCUGCAGAUUGUCUGGAGCAGGCUGGGUAGAGUUCCUGAAGCCGAAGACUUGGCCUCCCAGAUGCUGAAAGGCUUCCCCAGGGACCGGGUCUCAGCACAGGAGGCACUCGGUCAUGAUUAUUUCAGUGUCCUGCCAUCUCAGUUGUACCAGCUUCCUGAUGAGGAGUCUCUGUUUGCGGUUUCGGGAGUGGAGCUAAAGCCAGAAGCGUGUGACCUGUCGGCCUCCUGCAGGACGGGUCACUACCUACCCGGGUUCAACAAAUGUUGGUGAGAAGAAAAGGGCUACAGCCGUCCUAUUUCAUUGUGUCCGCUGACUAUGAAGCUUCGUGCCCUGUUCUCUUCUGGAUCAGAGAUCCCUGUUCUCUCUCCUGUCACCUGGAAUACUUAAAAUGUGAUGUUCAAGGCAACGACACAAUACAUGAAGAGGAUGCGGUGCAAGGUUACUGCUACUGUUGUUGCCUAAACAGACGUAAACAGAGGUGGCGGGAGAAGAGGCCUUCAGAACAGUGUCCAGCGUUUGGACAAUCCCCUGGGCCAAAAGCUCCGUUUCUUUACAGGACAGAUGGAGAGGCAGACAACUGGGGCGUUCUGGAGCCAGAGCGGGUACUUGCUGAGGCCUGCCUCACGUGUGUCCUUACAAUUCUUCCCAACUCAGAGACUCCUGAGACAGGAGGGGCUUAGUCUGGCUCAGAGAGAAGGUGGUCUCUUGGAUAAAGUUGUCAACAAAUGGACUUGCUGGCGGCUAUUGGUGGUGACCCCAGGGAUGUGUUCUCCCUUCGCUGGCUAUCGGGAUGCAUUACUACUUCAAUUACCCAGGCUUUAGGAGCUUACGUUGAGCUCCUGGCUAGAGCUGAGUUUCAGUCUAUCACCUGCUACUGAAGCCUAAUUGUCUGCAGGGACUGAGAAAGCGAUGAGGAACCAAAGCUUCCAUUGAUGGUGGAGAUACUAGAGUUCCAGAGACGUAACUCAAGCUCUGGGGCACCAUCAGACACACGUGCACACACAGCACCCUCGGCAGGGGAUCCACCCCGGCUGACACUUGUGCCUCCUAAAGGAAGCCUGGGAAACUCAAAUUACUUCAUCAAGGAGUUGUCUCGUGAAAUCUAGUAGCCUAGAAACCAGAGACCACUAGGAGAAGGAACCAAUUAAGAGAGAAUUUUGAAAUGGUAACUGUCCACCCAGUGUCUUGGAGGAAAAGGAAUGCAGAUGGUCUCCCCGAAAAGCUGCCUUUGUGUAUAUUAGCAAGCUAUUGGACAAAGUCUGCCUGCUGCACCUGCCAGAUGAAACAGUGUGGGCUGGAUGGGGCGGGCAGGGUGUACGCAUAAAUGACAGGUCUUAUUCAACCUAGAAACAUGCCCAUAGCGGUAUGGUAAAGGAUUCAGACUUCAGUCCUGCUCUGGUCAAGGAUUUCUAUUGAUGACUUGAAUAAAUCAGAGAAAAUACAUAACUUACUCAUACAACUCACUGAAAUAAGUACUACUGCUAUUAUUAUCCCACCCUAUAAAUGGAAACUGAGGCUCCGCAAAGUUAAGCGAUUUCUCUAAGGCAGUAUGCCAGAGUUCAAGUGCAAACCUCACGUCUAAGUGUGUCCAGUGUCUGAGAUCUUCCUGAUAAACACAUCUCAGUUGGAUCUGUAGACUGAUGAAGGGGCAGCUGAUGUUUCACGUCGGCUCAUGAUUCAGAGGACUCAGACCUGGCUAAUCACAGCGAGUCAAAACAAUACUUAUUCCUGUCAGUUUUUAUCUGAUUUAAAUUAUUACACAUUGGCCUUAAAAUGCCUACAACGUAAGUAAGGCCUUGACUUAGUGGAAAGUGGGUCUUUUAAGUACAAGGUGAAUUAAUUAUAUAAUCUGUCGGCCCCCAACAGAUAAUGCUAAUCCCUUCAGGCUACAGAAAUGAAAGACUAAGACAAGACGAUGCCCCACACGAAGAAAAGCAGCUUGGUCUCCGAUCUGGGCACAUUUGAAUCAUGAAGCUCAGCUCCACGUAUCACAUACCACACUCUAAAAAAAAGCAUCAUAUGAAAUAGAUGUGAAUUGUGCACCUAUUAGUCUGCCCAUCUAAUCUUGCAUAAUCUUAGCAGUACUAAGACAUAGUAGAGCUUCCAGAGAGCACUCAGAGGCAGAUAGAAGUAGCUAGGGUUGGCUGCACAAACUGGCCCCAAAGCACACAAACUUCCCCAAGCACACCCCCAGCUCUGCUGUGUGCUCCAAGGUGGACGACUGGGACAAGCCGCAUGGAGGGACAGCUGCUGUAAGAGAAAACCCAGGAGCCAGAGACAGUCCUUCCAGUGGCAGAUGGCUGUCACGGAGGAAAGGGGCUGCCAGCGGCUGGGCCACUGCAGGUCAGUACAGGCUGCUGCUGCUGCUUUGGAGAGUCAGGAGGACUCACCUGCCCAUGAGCAGGGACUGAGUCCCCUGAGCUGGCUCAUCUGCCCAUGAACACAGCCAUGAACAGGGACUGAGUCCCCUGAGCUGGCUCACCUGCCCAUGAACAGGGACUGAGUCCCCUGAGCUGGCUCACCUGCCCAUGAACAGGGACUGAGUCCCCUGAGCUGGCUCCCCUGCCCGUGAACAGGGACUGAGUCCCCUGAGCUGGCUCAUCUGCCCAUGAACACGGCCAUGAACAGUGACUGAGUCCCCUGAGCUGGCUCAUCUGCCCAUGAACAGGGACUGAGUCCCCUGAGCUGGCUCAUCUGCCCAUGAACAGGGACUGAGUCCCCUGAGCUGGCUCACCUGCCCGUGAACAGGGACUGAGUCCCCUGAGCUGGCCCCCCUGCCCAUGAACAGGGACUGAGUCCCCUGAGCUGGCCCCCCUGCCCAUGAAUAGGGACUGAGUCCCCUGAGCUGGCUCACCUGCCCGUGAACACGGCCAGAGUCCCCACCGCAGUGGUGGCUUCCUCUGCCCCCUAGAUGAUACGGAGAGCAAUCACCAAGAUUCCUAGUUGGAAGUGAAGACAGCUGGUCCUUCGGAUCCUUAGCUUGACCUCUGAGCAUCUGGGACAGACCACACUGGGGUUUCUGUAAGACCCUGCUGCUGCAAGAGUAGGUAAAUUUGUUUUAUUUUCUAUGAAAGCAUUUUUUAAAAUUAAAUUAACAAAAUCAUCCUCUUUAGUUAGGUGGUGGUUGCGGAUGCCUUUAAUCCCAGCACUCAGGAGGCAAGAGGCAGGCUCAUCUGAGUUCAAGGCCAGCCUGGUCUACAGAGC